CGACGAUAAUUCCAGUUCUGUCGCCAACAUUCUGGACGACGUGGAGCUGAUUACCGCACUGCAGCAGUCAAAGCAGACCUCGUCGGAGAUCGAAGUCCGGGUGGCGGAAAGCGAAAAGACGAACAAGACGAUCGACAAGGAGAUGUCGUUCUACAAGCCGCUCGCGAUCCGGGGGAGUUUGUUGUAUUUUGUCAUCGCCGAUUUGGCCAAAAUCGACGCCAUGUACCAGUUUUCAUUAGCCUACUUCCAGCAGUUAUUCACCGAGUCGAUCACGAGCCUCGCGGAAGAAAAUAGUGAAACUAAAUCUAGCCAGCCUGCUUCACCAGCAACCCCCUACCAUGGGAGGCAGAGCAUCGUGCAGCGGCGACAAUCGCUGCAGAACCAACAGCUUGCUGCGAGUGCGGCCGCUGCAGCUGCUAGCUCUUCUUCUUCAA